UGCACGGAUCGCGUCAGCCUCAGUGGGGGGAACUCUGCUGAGUGUGAAGGCAGGGAAUUGGGGAAAAAAAAAGAAAGAGAAGAAGAAGAAGCUUCAGCAGUUUCUGCGGGAAACUCGUGUUGAGAAGUGAUUCAGAGAUGCAGAGCUGCGCCAGGUCCUGGGGGAUCUUCUUGGCCAAGUCGGUGAAUCCCGGCGCACCGUGCAGGCAUCUGAGCGAGCAGAGCCGCGUGGUUUGGAAACUUCAGCGCAGGAACCGAAACAUCUGCGCGUCCCUGACAACAGCAGCAGCAGCAGCAGCGGUCCGGGGGCUGAGGACGUCCGCGGCCCUGAGCUCCCGGCAGAUAGAGAGGAUACUGCCCAGACACGAUGACUUCGCGGAGAGACACAUCGGUCCAGGUGAGAGGGAGAAGAGGGAAAUGCUGGAUCUUCUGGGAAUCGAGUCAAUCGACCAGUUGAUCGAAAACACAGUUCCAUCCUCCAUCCGCAUGCAGAGGAGCAUGAAAAUGGAUGAUCCAGUCUGUGAGAAUGAGGUUCUGGAGUCUCUACAGAAGAUUGCUUCCAAGAACAAAGUGUGGAGGUCCUACAUCGGCAUGGGCUACUACAACUGCUCCGUACCGCCUCCCAUCCAGCGCAACCUCCUGGAGAAUGCAGGCUGGGUGACUCAGUACACGCCUUACCAGCCCGAGGUCUCCCAGGGUCGCCUGGAGUCUCUCCUCAACUACCAAACCAUGAUCUGUGAUAUUACCGGGAUGCCUGUGGCCAACGCCUCCCUGCUCGACGAGGGAACGGCUGCUGCUGAGGCCAUGCAGCUCUGCCACAGACAGAACAAAAGAAGAACCUUCUACAUUGACCCGCGCUGCCACCCCCAGACCAUCGCCGUGGUGCAAACCAGAGCCAACUACAUCGGGGUGAAGACGGAGCUGAAGCUGCCCCAUGAGAUGGACUUCAGUGGGAAAGACGUGAGCGGUGUGCUCUUCCAGUAUCCAGACACUGACGGCAGGGUGGAGGACUUCACUGCCCUGGUGGACCGGGCUCACAAGGGAGGGGCCCUGGCUUGCUGUGCCACCGACCUGCUGGCCCUCUGCGUGCUGCGACCGCCCGGAGAGUUUGGCGUCGACAUCGCGCUGGGCAGCUCCCAGAGGUUUGGGGUUCCUCUUUGCUAUGGCGGUCCGCACGCUGCCUUCUUCGCUGUCAGAGACAACCUGGUCCGGAUGAUGCCUGGCAGGAUGGUUGGAGUCACCAGAGAUGCCGCUGGUAAGGAGGUGUAUCGUCUCGCUCUGCAGACCAGAGAGCAGCACAUCCGCAGAGACAAAGCAACCAGCAACAUCUGCACGGCACAGGCUCUGCUGGCCAACAUGGCUGCUAUGUACUCGCUGUAUCACGGUCCUCAGGGACUCAAACACAUCGCUGAGCGGACGCACAACGCCGCGCUCAUCCUCGCUGAAGGUCUGAAGAGAGCAGGACACCGGCUGCACAGCGACAUGUUCUUCGACACGCUGAAGAUCAACUGCAGCGUGGCCGCCAAAGACAUCCUGGAGCGAGCCGUGCAAAGGGAGAUAAACCUGCGAGUCUACACCGAGGGAGUGUUGGGCGUCUCUCUGGACGAGACGGUGACGGAGCGAGACUUGGACGACCUGCUGUGGGUGUUUGGCUGCGAGUCCUCAGCUGAGCUGAUCGCUGAGAAGAUGGGCGAGCGGGUGAAGGGGAUCAUGGGAAGUCCUUUCAAGAGGACAAGCAAGUACCUCACGCACCAGGUUUUCAACAGCUACCACUCUGAGACCAACAUCGUGCGAUACAUGAAGCGUCUGGAGAACAAGGACAUCUCGCUGGUGCACAGCAUGAUACCUCUGGGCUCCUGCACCAUGAAGCUGAACAGCUCGUCGGAGCUCAUGCCCAUCACCUGGAGGGAGUUUGCCAACAUCCACCCCUUCGUGCCUCUGGAUCAGGCUGAGGGCUACCAGAAGCUGUUCAGGCAGCUGGAGAAGGACCUCUGUGAGGUGACGGGCUACGACAAGAUCUCCUUCCAGCCCAACAGUGGCGCUCAGGGAGAAUACGCCGGCCUGGCUGCCAUAAAGGCCUUCCUGAACUCCAAGGGAGAGAGCUCAAGAAGUGUCUGUCUAAUCCCUAAAUCGGCCCACGGCACCAACCCAGCCAGCGCUCAGAUGGCGGGCAUGAAGGUUCAGGUGGUGGAAGUGGACAAAGACGGAAACAUCGACCUGGCGCACCUCAAGGCCCUGGUGGACAAACACAAGGCGAGCCUGGCGGCCAUGAUGAUCACCUACCCCUCCACAUUCGGUGUGUUUGAGGAGCGGAUCAGAGACGUGUGCGAGCUCAUCCACGACAACGGAGGCCAGGUGUACCUGGACGGAGCCAACAUGAACGCCCAGGUGGGUUUGUGUCGUCCUGGAGAUUACGGCUCCGACGUGUCUCACCUGAACCUGCACAAAACCUUCUGCAUCCCCCACGGUGGAGGAGGACCCGGCAUGGGGCCCAUCGGAGUGAAGGCCCACCUCGCCCCCUUCCUGCCCAGCCACCCGGUGGUUCCCAUGCAGUCGGUCAACAGCAGCAGCUCGCUGGGCACCAUCAGCGCCGCGCCCUGGGGCUCCAGCGCCAUCCUGCCCAUCUCCUGGGCGUACAUUAAGAUGAUGGGAUCCAAAGGGCUGGUUCACGCUACAGAGGUGGCCAUCCUCAACGCCAACUACAUGGCCAAGAGGCUGGAAGGUCACUACAAGGUCCUGUUCAGAGGCAGGAAAGGUUUCGUAGCCCACGAGUUCAUCCUGGACGUGAGGCCGUUCAAGAAGACGGCCAACAUCGAGGCCGUGGACGUGGCCAAGAGGCUGCAGGAUUACGGCUUCCACGCCCCCACCAUGUCGUGGCCGGUGGCCGGCACCCUCAUGAUCGAGCCCACGGAGUCGGAGGACAAAGCGGAGAUGGAUCGGUUCUGCGACGCCCUGCUGGGCAUCCGACAGGAGAUCGCAGACAUCGAGGAGGGAAGGAUGGACUCCCGCAUCAACCCACUCAAGAUGUCUCCUCACUCUCUGGCCUGCAUCUCCUCCUCCAACUGGGACAGACCCUACUCCAGAGAGCACGCUGCUUUCCCCUUGCCCUUCAUCAGGCCCGAGACCAAAUUCUGGCCGAGCAUCUCCAGGAUCGACGACAUCUACGGCGACCAGCACCUGGUGUGCACCUGCCCCCCCAUGGAGGUCUACGAGUCCCCGUACGAGGAGAACCGAGCCUCCUCGUAGACGCCCCCUACGGCUCCGUCCCGACGUCGCGCUCAGAACCCUGGAGCCUCACAGACCGGCACCUCUGAGCUCAGUGGGAGCAGGUUAAAGGUUAAAGGCUCACGAUGCUGCACGUCAGCUGAGGGAAGCAUCUCCAUAGAAGCUUUUGAUAAUUCCAUCAGUCAGCAUGCUCAGUUUUAUUAAACCUUAUCUAAAAUGUAUGACAGAACAGGUGCUCUGACAGAAUAUUUAGGGUUUAUUGAAUCAGUUAAUCACCUCAAACACAACCUGCUGAGAGCCUUCCAGCUCCUGAUCUCAGUGGAGCAGCUCUGAGGACGCAGCAGGUGUCGGUCUGUGAGACAUCGGACCUGAGCUCUGACGGCACCCUUUCUACCGGAGUCGCCGCAACUCGAACUCUUCAAAUGGACCAAAGGUGCAACUUUUUGCUUUCCCAAGUUUGCAAAAAAAAAAACAACAAGCGCACCCGUCGACGCCGAGGCCACUUGGUACCACACCUCUGAAACGCUGGGCUUGGAGCCGAGUGCAGCUCGUUUCUUGACUCCCGACAUCUUUCUUUUUUUUUUAAACAACCCUCGGUGCCUCUAUUCUGUUGUGUAAAAUAGCUGCCUUGACUUUUCCCAUUUUUUCAAAUUCCUGACAAACAUAGGAGUGGUAGUUCCUGUAGGCUUUUUGUUAAUAUGCAUCUAUUAUUUGAAAAUGUUUUAAUAUGUGUUGUGACAUUUGUUGACCGACUAGAUAAAGACAGUCUUAAUUUUAAAUGAAUAUUUUCUAAUCUAAACUGUUCUCUGUAGAAAAAAACGUCUAUAUUAAAACAUUUUUGUCUUAAA